AUGAAGAUCGCCGCGGUGUCACAGACGCCAGGGCGGGAUUCAGGAGAAGUGCCGGGAGACUCGUCCCGACCUACGAGGCAACCGGUCCCAGAAGUAGAAGUGGCUCCUUCUCCCCCUCGACAAGAAGAGCCACCACCUCCACCUAUUCCUUUUAACGCAGAAGGCGGGCCUUCCCAACCUACCGUGAGGACCCUGUCUCGAGGCGCCCAGGCUCAUGAACUUGAGGAGGCUCGGGCGCUCCGAACUGCUGACGUUGCUCGCCUUACUGAAGAGAUCAGAGCGAAAGAAGAAGAGGCUGUAACAAGGAAUGCUAGUGCCUAUGUGAAUGCCCACAGUGAUCUCCUGGCUGAGCUUAAGAGGCGUUAUCCCGGGGAAGACUUCUCGUGGAUGAUGGAUCUGGCCCCUCAAGACGAAGAGGAGAGCGAGGAGGAAACCGAAGGAGAGAGAGAGACUGAGCGAAAUGAUAUGGAUCUUGCUUCGCAGAGAGUAGUAGAUGAAAAAGUGGAGAGUCAUGCUUCAUCCAUGGUAGAAGCUGGAGGCAGGGGAGAACCUACUCCACCAAUGCCAGAGGCGCCUACACAGCCUCAGCAAGCCAUGUUUGAACAAAUGGCUACUUUUCUUCAGACAGAUGGCAGGGGUUAUACCACUGCUACCACCCCCAAAGCAGAAGUCCCAUUUGGAAAAGCUGAGAAAAUAUGGAGCUGUGGACUUUCUGGAAAAGAAGGAAGAUGA